AUUUGUGUUUGUUUUUCACGGGAUGUGUUGUUGGGCCCAAUUGGAAUGUGUUGGGUUAGGAAAUUGAAGGCUAGAUUGACCAUUUUGCGUAGAUAGACCUUAAAAAAAAAGUUGGACGAUGGAGGAGUAUUGGUGCGAUUAGAGAGAUAUGGAUGUGGCGGAGACGGCGAAUACGGCGGAGAGAGAAGUGGGAAGUGUGAAGGCCACGAUGGAGACGGCGGGAGGACAAGUCCAGAAGGCGGCGGAGGGGGGAGGAUAUGAAAGGCUCCAGGAGGAGGAGGAAUUCGUCCUCAUGGUACCUGCCGGCCAUGGGGCCAGUGUGAGUGAGAGUUCAAGACCGCGUCAUCGUUGUAGUCGUCAGUGCAUACCUGGAAAUGUGAGCGAAUGGGAAGUCAAAGAGGAGACUAUCCAAUAUGCACAGGAGGCUGUUGAGCAACAUAACAAGGAAAAGGGGACGAGCUUAGAGUUGGUGAAACUUGUUUAGGUAAGCGCGGGGAUCGUUGGAGGCCUCAUGCUUUACUUCACUCUACUUGCACGGGACGACAAGCGAAAGGAGAGAUCUUACCGUGUUAAAUUAUGGUGCCAUCCUUUCGACGUCGAAGAACCCACUACCAUAAUUUACUUCCGUGAGUUUAAAGAGAAGAAGCGCAAGAGAAGAUCCUAGAAAAACACCAAAACAUCUGUCAAAAAACCCAAGAUAUCAACCAAAUAUUGUUAGUUCAAUAUGUGUUGGUAUGCUUGAAUUGGUUCCCUUUACAUGCAUGCAAGCUAUUGAACUUUUAUGGCUGCACUCUUUGGAUUUCUCUCACUGCCCUACGCUUUGUAUUAUGCCCCUAUAUGUAUUACUAGGGAUGAUCGUGGUACGAUAUGAUACGGUAUUUGG